AUGAAUGUUUGGGGAUUAAAUGAUGAUGAAGAAGUCAAAUACUGGCAUCAACAUUUUGAUACAGGAUAUUUUUUAAUAAAAGAAGAACAUUUAUCUGAAAUAUCAUUUUAUAUAGAUAACAAACAAAAUUUAAAAUUAUAUAUAAAAUAUAUUAAUAAGAAUGCAUUAAAUCAAUUAUACUGUACUAAAGAUUAUCAAACUAUUGGUAAAGAUUUAGUUAUUGAUAUAAAAAAUAAUAAAACUAAAGGAAAAUAUAUUAUAUCUUAUGGUCCUUGUUCACAUAGUAGUGUAUUUAAUGAAGUUUCUGCAGAAAAAAAGAGUAAUUAA